AUGAUUGCGACGACAAACUCAACAGAGGGAGGAACACAGACGGAAACAUAUGAAGUAUUCCUAUGUUCCCCCUCCUUGAUAGUUGGGUCACAGCAAAAAUCGAUCUCUUCCUCAGCAGUUAACAUUUUCCUCUCCAUCACAGCAUUUUUUGGGAAUUUUCUAAUCCUUGCUGCCCUUAACAAGGAAACUUCCCUUCAUCCACCGUCGAAACUCUUGUAUCGUUGUCUGGCAACAACUGAUCUGUUGGUUGGUCUUGUUAGCCAGCCUCUCACUGCUACUUACUGGAUGUCCUUGGUUUACGAACACAGGAGUCUUUGUCGAUACGCAAGGGACGCAAGCUUCAUAGCAAGCUUUGCAUUAUGUGGAGUGUCUUUGUUGACGCUGACGGCAAUUAGCGUGGACAGACUUCUCGCUUUGUUGUUAGGAAUAAGAUAUAGACAAAUAGUAACUUUAAAGCGCACAUGUAUCGUUACAGCUACUUUUUGGAUUUUAUCCGUCGCCGCUGGAUCAUUUUACAUUUCAUAUACUCGAAUAACCAUUUGGUCUUGUAUUAUAGUCAUACCGUCAUGCUCAGUGAUCUCAAUCGCCUCGUACACAAAGAUUUUUCGCACUCUUAGACAUCAUCAGGCUCAAGUACAAGAUCACGUUCAAAAACAGCCGAGCCAACCAAAUGCACUGAACAUGGCAAAAUACAGGAAGGCAGUGAGCAGUGCACUGUGGGUGCAGUUAGCAUUAGUUGUUUGUUAUGUACCAAAAUUUACAAUGCUGGUUGUGAUCACUAAUAGAAAAACAUAUUCUUCACAUAUAGUCUUUAUUGAUGGAAUUUCAAGUAUUUUUAUGUAUUUUAACUCCACUUUGAACCCGUUUCUUUACUGUUGGAAAGUUAGAGAAGUGAGACAAGCAGUAAAGCAGACAAUCCGACAUGCAUUUUACUUUCUAUGGACUUAGAUAUAUUUUCUCGGAGUCGCCGGACUUGUAUUAACAAGGCGUAAUUUAAAGGGAAAGAAGAAUGAAACAAACACGAUCUUUCAGCAUCUAUUGUGUUCUAGAUGCUUUAGUAUUUGCCUGUUUAUGCUGAUAAAUACCAAAUAAAAGCACAGUACCAUGGUUUAGUAAUGUAACCUCGUCGGCAAAAAGAAAAACUGAAAGGCAGAAUUAAUAUUACCCAGAUGGCGAGAGGUGCUAUCUGUUUCACUUUUCUCAGAUGUACUGUAUGGUAGUUUGGUGAUACUUUCUAUAAUAUUCCAAUAUUUUGAUAUUUAAAUAGGCAUUUCCGCUAUCCAAUACUUUAUUUUAAUGAAUCAAAAUUAUCGAUCCAUUUUGGCAAUUCGCAAUCAUAUAUCGAUCAAUUUUGGCUUCUCAGCUUUAACGAUCGAGUAACUUUAGAUUUAUAAAACAACGAGAAUAUAAGAGAAGAAGUUAAGAUCACAACCAGCUGCCGUUCGAAUGAGACGGAGAGAAAUUAAGGAGGAUGGAAUAAUGAAUAAAUAUUAAAAGGCCUUUCUAAUGGUGUGAUAGUUAAGUAACAUUUUGCACUUUUCAUGCUUCCUUUCAUAAAUUCUGAUCGGAUACGAGAAGAAGAGAAAAUAAUUAAGGGAUAUUUUCAAAUACGGAAAACAAACGUUAAACAUUUUUCGUUUUGUUUUUGUUUUUCAAUAUUUGUUUGUUGGUCUUGUUACCCAGCCUCUCUAUGCUUCUCAUUGGACGUCUUUGGUUCAUUAACAAUGAAGUUUUUGUCGAUACGCAAGAUGUGAAGUCUCCAUAUAAAGCUUUGCAUUAUGUUCAGUGUUUCUGUUGACGUUGACGGCUAUAAGCGUGGAAAGACUUCUCGGUCUGUUGUUGGGAAUAAGAAACAGACAAAUAGUAACUUUAAAGCGCACAUGUAUCAUUACAGCUACCUUUUGGAUUUUACCCGUCGCCGCUGGAUCAUUGUACACUUCACCAUUAUAUUGAUACAGCAUUAUACGAGGUUCUCAAUGCGGUUAGCCGAUAGCCAUAAAACCGCCAAAAAAUUUAACCGUUAAGCGUAAAAAUCGUCAAAUUACUUAACCGUUAGUCGUAUGAAAAUUUAACCUACAAAAUAAUGUUCUGGUAACAACUGGAAUGAUAACAGACCUUUGCAAUGUUUCAUUGAAAGCAGCUUUUCAGCGGGAACGCGGGAACUGCGGGAAAACAGCAGUACAGUUUCUUUUGAAACUCACCACCGUUAUCAAAUAUCGAUCAAUUUCCGCUCCUUUGCGUAAUCUAGUAACUGCAGUUUUAAAGCAAAGCCACUGUAUGGGAAGAGUUAAACACAUCCAGCUACCCUAAGUACGGAUACAUGACAGCCUGUUUAAAACUGACCAAAUUCUAAUUUCAAAACACUUCUCAUCUUGAUGUGAUUAGCAAAGAAGGAUACAAAACUACGCAGACUGGACCUUUUCCAUUGUUAAAACACUUUAAAAGCAACAAGCGAAAGAAAUUUGUCUGUUGGAAGCGAGUAUAUUUCGGUUUUGAAAAAAAAAAGGGGCCAAUAGAGAAUGAGACUAAGAGAAAUUAUGAAGGAUGGAAAAAUGGAUAAAAUUUAAAGUGGCUUACCAAUGGUGUGCAAACUAGUUUAGUUGUGUAACAUUUCACACCAGUCGUUUUUCCUUUUAUCAACAUAAUCAGAUGGGAAAACAAGUGGGUGUUUUUCAAUCACAAACAUUGUUUAACGUUGCAUUGUUAAAAUUAUGAAGAUGAAUUGCCAAUUGUAUCAUUUUUCGGGAUUAUGACGGUUUUCAAUGAAUUUUAGAACUGCUUUUCUUGUUGCAUGAACAUUUUCUAGGAAUUUCGUUUGUGCGGAUAGAGCCAGUUGGUGCUUUGUACGAAAACAAAAUUGAGUCCGUCUCUACAUAACUGACAUUUUAACAUAUUUCUUCAUCUUUAACAUGUUUGUCAGCUCCUACUAAAAUUGAAUUUAUAAACCAGAUGAAUAGCUUCGUGGUGCAUACCAUUGGUUGGGGUUUAAUCGAUAAAAGACACUCCCAAGAAAGGAUUAUACUUGUUGUUAUUUAACAAUCUCGACAAACGAAUCGUUCAAUCAAUUUGAAGCGAGCAGAAUGCAUUAAGGAAGUCUUAAUGUCAAUAGUGUCACUGAAGGGAACGAGUUUUAAGGAAGGAAGAAAAGGACACCGUUUCAUUAGGUGGAGAAUGAUUGUAGCAACAAAUUCAACAGCACACGAAACACAGACGAUAACUUUUCAAAAAAUAAUGUGCUCGCCCACUUAUGUGGGAAAAGUAGGACAAAUCGCAACUUUUUUCUCAGCAGCUAACAUAGUACUCUUCAUCACAGCAUUCCUGGGCCCGGUUGUUCAAAACCGCGAUUAAACUAAUCACCGAUUAGGCCUAAUCGGCGAUUAAAUUUCUUAAUCGUGGGUUAGUUAAUCGUUGGUUAAAAAACGGUUGUUCAAAGGGAGAUUACUCGGUCGAUUUACUAAUCCGCGAUUAAGCAUAAAAUGAAUUAUAUUAAUUAAUUAUAAUUUAUUUUGUGCCAGUUUACGUCAUAAAAUUGCCGGAAAUUUAUUUUUGUCAAUAUGGCUUCUCCAGCGAAGAAAGUGCGGAAAGCAAACUUUUCACCCGCUGAAAUUUCCGUUUUAACGGAAAAAUUUGAAGAAAAUAUGGACAUUCUUCAAAGUAAAUUUACCAACAGUAUAACAAAUGCAAAAAAAAACAAGAUUUGGGAAGAAAUCUCGGAGGCGGUAAACGCCGUCGGUGUGACAGCAAGAUCAACGCAGGAAGUACGAGACAAGUGGAAAAACCUCCAGAGUCACGCAAAAAGAGAAUUCAGUUCCUUUAAAAGUGAACAGAAGAAGACAGGUGGUGGCCCUGCUCCCCCGAACCCAUCAGAAGCCAGUUUAAAAAUAAUAAACAUGUUCAGUGACACACCGUCAUUUACUGGGUUACAGGGGUUUGAAACAGGUAAGUUUAUAAAUGGAAACAUUAUUGUAAUACCUCUCAAUGUCCAUACCUUGCAUAAAAUGUAUACUUCGCUAACAAACACAAAGCAAAGUGAAAAUUAACGGACUUUAGACUUUUAUUUCUUUCUUAUUUUCUUUUACAUGUACUCCCAUGUAAACAAAAAAACAAAUGGCGCCCGAAAAGUCUGCCUUGCUCUUAAUUCUUCGUCUGUAUAUCCAUCUAUCGUGAAACCGAUGCUCCUAAACUCUCUUUGCUUCCUUUUCUUCGCCCAUCAACACCAACACAACCAUACAACAAGUCAGCCAUGUUGUGAUUUUUAUUUUUUAAUCUGCCGAUUAAGGAUUUAAUCCACCUAGCGAGCAGGGUUAGAUUUAACCCUUGGUUUGAUCGAAGGUUAGGAAUAAUCGGGCUUUGAACAACAGAAACUAAUCGGCGACUUAAAUUUAAUCGGCGAUUAGCCUAUUUAAUCGUGGAUUAGCGCUAAUCGCAGUUUUGAACAACCGGGCCCUGGGAAUUUCCUGAUCCUCGUUUCCCUAAACAAGGAAUCUUCAAUCCAUUCACCGCCCAAACUCUUGUAUCGUUGUCUUGCAACAUCCGAUUUGUUGGUAAGUCCUGUUAGCCAGCCUUUCUACGCUACCUACUGGUUGGCCUUGGUUCUAGAGAAGUGGAAUCUUUGUCGAAUCGUAACUAAUGCAAGCUUUAUAACUGGCUUUGCAUUAUGUGGAGAUUCUACGUUGACAAUGGCGGCCAUUAGUGUGGAUAGACUUCUCGCCCAGUCUUUGGUGCUCAGAUACAGACAAAUUGUCACUUUGUAACGACUCAUUUAGUUAAUUUAUAGUUCCCCUCUAACCCGUUCCUUUACUGCUGGAAGAUUACUGAAGUGAGACAGUACUUUGCUGUCCAUAGAGUUAGAUCUUUUCCCCAGGAGAUACGCAUGUGUCAUGAUGCGUGCGAGCUCUUAGUUUAAAUAAAACUAGCGCCAUAAGUGCAAAAGGAAAGGACAUGCCAGCCAUCGGAAGAGAUAUGAAUAAUUUGUAUCUUCAUUAGGAUUACUUGGUUUUCAAGUCACUUCCUGCUUAGGAAAUCGGGGUAAUUAAACUCUUAUGGAGUCGACAUUUUUGCUUUAUAUUCUUGGACACAAACGUGUACAAAAGCGACACUUUUAAAGGGGAAUCCACCCUUGACAUCCAAACGCAUUACAAAGAGACGAAGACCUUCGAAUACGUGAAUUUUCAUCCGUGUCAAGCAAAAGGAAAUAUUUCGUGAGAGGAGAAACACAAUGCCUCCUAUAAAAAGACUCCUCAUGCUGUGCGUUUAAUAGAAAUACACAGUGUUUCAAAAUACGCUUAAAGAACAGAGAAUACCGAAGUGAAAUCUUAAAGAAAUAUAUCUCUAAAUUUGACUUCACCGGGAGAAACAGGUCACUCAAAAACCUAUUUGGGUUAGGAUUGCGACCGAUUGAAAACGUUUUUCUCGUCUAAAGGUCGCCCAGGUUCGGAGAGGUGCUAUCUGUCUGACUUUCUACCGAUAUACUGUGGAGCAGGGCCUCUACGAACUCGCUGCUUGUUAGGAAUCUAAGUCCACUGAAUAAAUUAAAAUAAUUCUAUAUGUUGGGAGAUUAUAACGGUUUUGACUUUUGCAGUGGGAAUUUUGAUUAUGCAAUUGGAGAUCAUUUGCGGGAACAACUGUCUCAAAUGUCUUAAAUCGUCGCGAUUCUUUUGAGGAAAGAUCGUUUGUCCGAAAGAAACUUUGAAGGGCGAGAAAAAAUAAAAUAGAAUUGACACAUAUUGAACAUUCUAAAAGGAAAAUUCGAAGCGAAUGGCCGAUAGUCACUGUAUUGCGGAGAAAAAGAGAGAUACGGAACUGACAGGAUAUUUUCUUGUGUUACUAUAUGUUUGUAAAAGAAGCGAGACCUUAAGUCAAAACAUUUCAGUUUAAAUUUCCAAUUAAAGUUUUAUUCCAAAUAAUUGUGACUGCAAUAAAUGAUCUUAAAUUGCCGAUUACUCAAAAGCCCAAAAAAUUAUCUUCUGAGUGACUCAAAAACAGAAAAUACAUGUUUCGAAAGAAAGAAAGUCGUAAUCUCUUGAAUAUUCCAAUAUUUUGACAUUUUAAUAGGCAUGUCCGCUUUAAUGAAUCAAACUUGUCGAUCCAUUUUGGCAAUUCGUAACCAAUUUUGGCUUCUCAGCGAUAACUAUCGAGUACUUUAAAUUUAAGAAGCGAAGAAAAGAGUUUAAGAUCAAAAUCUGCUGCCGUUCGAAUGAGACUAAGAGAAAUUAAGGAGGAUGGAAUGAUGAAUAAAUGUUGAAAUGGCUUUCUAAGGGUGUGAUGGUUUAGUUAAGUUACAGUUUUCACCUGUUAUGUUUCCUUUUAUAAAUUCUGAUCAGAUGCGACAAGAAGAGAAAAUAACUGGGGCAUGUUUUCAAAUGACGAAACGAAACGUUAAUUUCAAUUUCAAAUUUCUUGACAUCUACAGCCACAGAUUAAUUUUUUAGUCGUCAAUUAAAUGUGUUUGGAAUUAUAACUGUUUUCGAUGUAUUUCAAGACUAUUUUUCGUGUGGCAUGAACAUUUUGCGGGAGAUUUAUUUUUGCGGAUUGAGACAAUUGGUGCUUUUUAGGCAAAAAAUUAAAUCCGUCUCUAAAUGACUGACAUCAGCCUGAGGGCUGAUGUUCUAUUGAAAGGACAGAAAGGAAUGAAAAAAGGAAAUAAACAAUUGAAAUUUUUUUAUUUUUUCCCUCUUUAUUAGUUUUACAAAGAAAAAAUCGAUAGAUGUUUCGAAAUGGAACAUUUUUUUGCGGAUCGACAAAUUUUCAGUUUAUACGUUCCUAGCCAAUUCCUAUUUUUUUUUUUUUAACUCGUGAAUUGCGCGCAUGCGCGACUGGGGAAUGCCAUUCGCUCGCUCGCUCGCUCGAUUGGUCGAUUCCUGCAAACUUUUUUAGAUUUUAGGCUUUUGAGUGCAUUUGAUAGUUUUUGGCGAUUUUGUUGCUGAAAUAACAGAACAACCUUCGUUUUUCAAAUAACAAACAACCUUCGUUUUUCAUAAAAUUGUAAUUUACAAUCCUUGAACUUGAAAACAAUCCGAAGAUUCAUUGAAAAUAUCACUUACUGCGAAGCGCUCGGAGUUUACAGAUGUUCAAAAGCUUUUUCUGUUAUGGCGUGAGAUUUAGGACAAAAUUAAUCAUUACGUUUCGUCGCGUGUGUUUUUCCUGUGUGAAGCAACAGAAGUGCCGGUGACUGACGAAAUAACAAGUUAACACGAAAAUAAAAUAACACCUAAACAAACAAUUUGAGCUACCGAUUUUCAGUGAAUUUUUAAAGAACAAUUUUCUUUUCAGUUUCAAGACAAUUUUUGAAAGAAUAAUAAACUAACCGAUGUAGCCAUCCUUAAAAAAUUUUCUUCAGCUCUUAUUUAAAAUGCGUUCUUGAAUGAAAUUUGUCAACCAGAUGGACACCUUUCAUGGGGUUAAUUGAUGGAAGGCAUACCCUCCAAAUUUCAAGACGGUGUAUAUGUAUAAAUAUGUAAUAGUCUCGACGCACAGUUCGCUCAACCAAUUUAAAAGGAAUAGGAAGCAUUUAGGAAGCCUUUAGUGUUGAUGAUAUAGAGAAUUAUAAGAUUUCACUGUUUCUUGGCCAGCUGGUUGCUGUGAAGAAGUAUUAUCCCGUGUUGUCAGCAGUUCCAAAUAACCGCAGCAAAAGGAGGUAAACCGUUUUAAGAGCUGCACAAUGAUUGCGACGACAAACUCAACAGAAAGUGGAACACAGACGAAAGCAUAUGAAGUAUUGCGAUGCUCCCCCUCUUUUGUAGUUGGGUUACAACAACAAUUGAUUUCUUUCUCAGCAGUUAACAUUUUCCUCUCCAUCGCAGCACUUCUUGGAAAUUUUCUAAUCCUUGUUGCCCUAAAACAGGAAUCUUCCCUUUAUCCACCGUCCAAACUCUUGUAUCGUUGUCUGGCAACAACUGAUUUGUUGGUUGGUCUUGUUACUCAGCCUCUCGCUGCUACUUAUUGGAUGUCCGUGGUUUGCGAACACUGGAGUCUUUGUCGAUACGCAAGGGACGCAGCCUACAUGUCAAGCUAUGUAUUAUGUUCAGUGUCUUUGUCGACGUUAACGGCCAUAAGCGUGGACAGACUUCUCGCUCUGUUGUUGGGAAUAAGAUACAGACAAAUAGUAACUUUAAAGCGUAUAUAUAUCAUUACAGCUACUUUUUGGACUUUAUCCGUCGCCGCUGGAUCAAUUUCCAUUUCACAUUUUCGAAUAACCCUUUUGUAUAGUAUUAUAGUUAUACCUUCAUGCUCAGUGAUUUCAAUCGCCUCGUACACAAACAUAUUUCGCACUCUUAGAAAACAUCAGGCUCAAAUACAUGAUAAUGUUCGACAACAGCAGAGCCAACCAAAUGCGCUGAAUAUGGCAAGAUACAAGAAGGCAGUAAACGCUGCACUGUGGGUGCAGAUAGCAUUAGCUGUUUGUUAUGUACCAAAAUUUAUAGUACUUCUUGUGAUCACUCACAGAAAAAUUUAUUAUUCUCAUGCAGUGGCUAUAAAUGCAACUGCAACAAUUUUAGUGUAUUUUAAUUCCACUUUGAACCCGUUUCUUUAUUGCUGGAAAAUCAGAGAAGUGAGACGAGUAGUAAAGCAGACAAUCCGACAAGCACUUUGCUUUCCAUGGACUUAG